GAUUAUCUGCACGUGUGAUUAUAUUUCGAAAACAAACCAUUUUACGACAGGGAUUUUUAGUAACUCUAGUGUUCUUCCAUAAAUUUUAUAAUAGAAUGAGUGACGGAAGAAUUCUUGCACAGUUCAAGAGUGAGGAUGGAGAGCUUGUUGGUGCACCAUUUGACCUCCCUGUCGACAUCACACCAGAUAAACUAGAGCUUGUGUGCAAUGCAGUACUGCAAAAGGAAGAGACUGUCCCGUACAGUUUUUUUGUGAAUGAGUCUGAGGUCAUAGGUUCUCUACAAGACACCUUGCACAAGCAGGAUGUAGAGACGGAAAAAGUUGUUGAAAUAGUCUACCAACCCCAAGCAGUGUUUAAGGUCAGGGCUGUCACCAGAUGUACCAGCUCCAUUCCAGGGCAUACUGAAGCCGUGAUCUCUGUUGCCUUCAGUCCAGAUGGAAGAUACCUUGCUAGCGGUUCUGGGGACACCACAGUCAGAUUCUGGGAUGUAACCACGGAGACACCUCACUUCACUUGUAAAGGUCACAUGCAUUGGAUACUGCAUAUAGCCUGGUCACCUGACGGGAAGAAGCUUGCCUCUGGCUGCAAAAAUGGCGAGAUCAGGAUAUGGGAUCCAGCGACAGGAAAACAAAUGGGAAAGACACUCAAAGGGCAUUUAAAAUGGAUAACAUGGCUUAGCUGGGAGCCUUUACAUAGAAAUCCAGACUGUAGAUACUUGGCAAGCUCUUCAAAGGACUCUUCUGUUAAAAUCUGGGAUACAGCAACUGGAUCAGUUGACAAAACAUUCUCCAGCCACACCCAGUCAGUCACAUGCGUCAAAUGGGGAGGGGAGGGGUUAAUUUACAGUGCAUCUCAGGAUAGAACUAUAAAAGUCUGGAGAGCAGAGGAUGGAGUGCUGUGCAGAACUCUACAGGGACAUGCUCACUGGGUAAACCACAUGGCUCUCAAUACAGAUUAUGUCUUAAGAACUGGUGCAUUUGAACCAUCCAAGGGGACAACUUUACAAACUAUGUCUGCAGAGACAUUACAAAGUGAAGCAUCAAAAAGAUACAAAGAGGCCAAGGGGAGUAAAGCUGAGCGCCUUGUUUCUGGGUCAGAUGACUUUACGCUCUUUCUAUGGGAGCCUGAGGCUAAAACGAAACCCAUAGCACGCAUGACAGGCCACCAAGCGCUGAUCAAUCAAGUCUGUUUCUCUCCCGAUGGGCGGCUCAUCGCGAGCGCUGCGUUCGACAAAUCGGUCAAACUGUGGAAUGGCGAAACAGGGAAAUUUAUCACAUCUCUUCGAGGUCACGUUAAUUGCGUCUAUCAGAUCGCAUGGUCAGCGGACUGCAGGCUCAUAUGCAGCGGCAGUGCAGACAGCACAUUGAAGGUCUGGGAUAUGAAAACAAAAAAGCUACUCUACGACCUUCCUGGACAUGCUGACGAGGUAUAUAGCGUUGACUGGAGCCCUGACGGAGCACGAGUUGGAAGUGGGGGCAAAGAUAAAGUUCUAAAAAUCUGGAGGGCGUAAACACUUUGAGGGAAGUUUGUGUGCCAGAGCUUCGCGACCAAGAAGAGCUGCAGUACAUAAUCUUUGUGCGCUGUUAUGGCUGUGGAGGAAAAUCCCACCCCCACCGAUGUAAGACUCCUGUCGCGCCCUCUGCUCGAUUAGUCCAGGGCCAGGUCUCUAGAAAGCAGGUUAACCGCUAACCCAGAGAUAAAUAAGGUUGUUAUCCAACCAAAUGUCUCGAUAACCAUGUUUAUCCGUGUAUAAGCGCUAACCUGCCUUCUAGGAACCGGGGCCCAGGGAUUUUACGAGAAAGUAGGUCACCUCGAAAAUGGUUCUUCAUUCUUACGUUGCGCAGGGAUUGGGUUGAUAAGAAACAGCAUGCUGUGACGAUUUUAGAGGACGAAAUACAACAUGGCGUCUUAAACGAUUUGAUGUGAUACAGAAAAUGGUAGGUUUUGGCAAUAAUUCUGCUUCCGGAAUAUUUUCGUUUGUGGGUAGGUAGACAUCAUGUUGAAUUGCGUACCCUAAAUCAUCCCAGUAUGUUGUUCGCUUCAUGCAAUCAAAUUGCAACAAGAUUUACUAUCAUAUUUAGGAAACAUUGUUUAGCAAACGGCUUUUAUUUCCGCUGAAAGCUCUAGGUUGGGUAUCUUGCAAAAGCAAGUGAUUUUAUUUCCUAGUAAGGUAGGGAUCUUUGGUGUAACUAGUACAGGAGAAACAAGCAGAUUGUUUGUUGGUUUAUUUAUUACAAACUGAUUUAAUAUCUUUAACACCUGUUUAAAUACUGCAACUACAAUAUGGCUGUUUUAUAUGGUAGUCUAUUAUUAUGUGAAUGUAAAUGUUUUUGGUAAAUGUAAAAUAAAAUAUAUUUUGAAACAGUAUGUAAGCCAACUUUUAAACAAAAGUUCCCUGGAAUUACAAUUUUAAACUCAACUUAAAUAGCUUUUCGGUGACACUUGUUCAUUUUCAAACACAUGGAAUUUGUAUAAACUAUACUUAACUUCAUUUACCAAUUAUUAUUCCGUGAUGUUGAUUCGAUGUAGUUAGUAUAUUUUGCUGUUCAUAUUCUUCUGAAUAAAUAAUAUUUUGUACAAAGUUAUACUUCAAACAAGGAACGUCAAUUUUAUUGUUUUAA